GCAGAACCUGCAGACCUCCAGAGGUCCUACCUAUUCCUCGGUCCAGCACUGUCCUCACCGUCUUCUCUCCCUGUCGCUGGCAUCUUUAGUGUCCGCAGUCUCUGGUCAUCUGUAGUAUGUCUGCAGUCUCUGGUCAUCCCCUGUACUGUGUCCGCAGUCUCUGGUCAUCUCCUGUACUAUGUCCGCAGUCUCUGGUCAUCGCCUGUACUGUGUCCGCAGUCUCUGGGCAUCUCCUGUACUAUGUCCGCAGUCUCUGGUCAUCUCCUGUACUGUGUCCGCAGUCUCUGGUCAUCUCCUGUACCGUGUCCGCAGUCUCUGGUCAUCUCCUGUACCGUGUCCGCAGUCUCUGGUCAUCUCCUGUACUGUGUCCGCAGUCUCUGGUCAUCUCCUGUACUGUGUCCGCAGUCUCUGGUCAUCUCCUGUACUGUGUCCGCAGUCUCUGGGCAUCUC